CAAAUAAGUACAACGACAGCUUCGGAUCCAGUUUCCUUUCGCCAGCGUUGGCGUUAUUACGUAAAACUGAAUAAAAAUGUCAGCUGAAGACGCAGCACCUGAAGGAGCUAGAGAGGGACCAGAACCGUAUCCUUACGGAAGAUACGAAGGAGCAAGGGAUGAUCAGCUAGAUCGGCACGGAUUUGGUAGAGCUGUGCUUCCUAAUGGUGAUAUUUACGAAGGUUUUUAUAACCAUGGAAAACGCCACGGAAAAGGAUUGUAUGUUUUUAAAAAUGGAGCUAGAUAUGAUGGCGAUUGGAAAAAUGGUUUAAAAUACGGUAAUGGCGAAUUUAUUUACCCCGACGGCACUAGAUACGUCGGCGAGUGGAAACGCGAUUUUAAACAAGGCAAAGGAAUCUAUUAUUACGCUAACGGAGACACUUAUGAGGGUAGUUGGUACAAAGGACUAAGACAUGGAUACGGCACUUACAUACACAAAUCAGUUAAUGUAAUUCACACCGGAAAUUGGAAAGAAGGCAGAAUGGAGGGACCGGGGAUUCUCGACUACGGCUGCUAUAAAUAUCACGGAAAAUUCGAGAAAAAUCUUCCCAAAGGACCUGGCUGUUUCGUCUUCGAAAACAACAAAUACAUGCAACAUGGAUUUUACGUGAACUUGAGGAACCCCGCAUUUGACUAUGUGGGCGCCGAUAAGCUGGCUCUCGACGAUACGAAUUUAGACAGUCCAGAGUACCGCGGAAACCCCAGAGGGAUUGUUCCGUUGUGGAGAGCGAGAUCUGUUACAUCGUUCAAAGAGGAGCUUUUACCACCAGAACCCUUAGAUUUACCUAUAGUAGAUUCCCAACAAAGUCUUAUGGAUAUCAUUGGAUAUUUGCAACGUUUUGAUCAAGACGCUGGAGCUGGUAAAGUAGAAGCUGAAGAGGAGCAACAUUUGACUUCUCCUGUUACCGAGAAAGGAGACGCGGCAGAGGAUUUCCAACUUCCUAUUAAUUAAUUUCGAAAAUUAUUUAUUGUUAACACAUAUAUACAUUUAAACU